GAUCUCUCCCAAAGCGUCAGCGAUAGUCAGGAACACACUGUAGUGGCACAUCAGCGGGGCGGUGCGCAUAGCAGGAUAAAGCUACACUGUAUUUCAUCCACAUAAAAAAACGAUAGAGGAAAGGGGGGUACAUCCCACCAUUUUCCAGAGUUACAACAACUUCACCGGCCUGCUGUGUCUGAUCACUCCGGCUGUCCGUGUCUGCAGACAACCGGGAACUUAAGGAACUAAAACAGGGACGGUACCAGCAGAAUAUCUGUUAGGUGCUCUGUCAAUAUCAAACAGGAAGAUCGAGGCGACAUUUCCCCAGAGUAACUCUUCCAAGUGUUGGAAACUUCCCAGCGCAGCAUCGAUCGAGGACCUCCCGCCCACUUUACCUCUGAUCCACAAUCCUGGAAGGAGAGAGAGAGAGUCCUGCAGCCGCUGCAGUGGAUGGAGCAACACAGGCUAGAGCUAGAUGGUUAAACUGCUUUGAACACUCAACACAAGACUCCAUCACCUUAUCGCCAAAUCUGCAGCUGUAAUUGGAUCUCAUUUUUUGGGAGAUCCGGCCAGGUUCCACUUAGUGCAAACUCUGCUCCAGCCAAAAAAAAAAAGGAAGUCGCCGCAGACGUGAAAUUGAUGCUUUGGUACGGAGAAGCGCAACACCGAUCCUCUAGUUUUGCGAAAGUCUCAUACUGAUCAGUGAGGGACUAGUUCGAGCCGUAGUGGGAUUUGCAGAAGUUGCAUGCUUGGUCUUUGUCGUCUCGAGUGAGCCUCGUUCACCCACUCUCGGCUUAUCAGACCGGAUCCGGAUAGUUGAGGUGCCAUGGCGAUGUGUGUGGGGAUGUGGAUACUCCUGCUAGCCCUGCACGUCCAAGCUGGCGACGGGCAGAUGGUGCAGAUGGACUCCAGUAAGUCUGGCUUUGUGGGAUCACAAGUUGAACUGCGCUGCAUCUUCAUCAACAGUAACCCUCCCGUCAAGAUCUCUCAAGUCACCUGGCAGAAGUUCCUCAACGGCACCAAACAGAACGUGGCCAUAGCCAACCCGGCCCUCGGCGUGUCAGUCCUGCAGCCCUUUAAGGAGCGCGUUACCUUCAAGCAGGCGGCCGUUCGCCACCGCACGCCCUCGCUGGAGGACACCACCAUCGUGUUCUCCAGCCUGCAGCUGUCUGAUGAAGCUGCCUACAUCUGCGAGUACACCACGUUUCCAGCAGGAAACAGGGAGAACAUGGUCAAUCUCACUGUAUUUGCCCGGCCUACGACACGUAUGACCCUGACAACCCCCACAAUUGUGGCCAGGCCCACGAAGCGCAAGAUGACUGUCGCCACUUGUAUAUCGGCCAAUGGGAAGCCCCCAAGUGUGAUCAAAUGGGACACCAGGUUGAAGGGUGAAGCCACUUUCCAGGAGACUCGCAACCAAAAUGGCACUGUGACGGUGAGGAGCAACUACGUGGUGGUGCCGAGCCGCGAGACCCACAAACAGAAGCUGACGUGUAUCGUGACGUACCGGAGUGAAAGGAUCACAGAGAGCGUGGUGCUCAACGUGCAGUAUGAACCCGAGGUGACGAUCGAGGGCUUUGAUGCAAACUGGUACCUGAACCGUCUGAAUGUUCAGCUGACCUGCAAGGCCGAGGCUAACCCCCCUGUCACCAUCUACCAGUGGAAACUCUUGAACGGCUCCCUGCCCAGUAAUGUGGAGAUCAAGAACAACACCCUGUUCUUCAAGGGACCUGUGACCUACGACCAGGCCGGCACCUACGUCUGCGACGCGACCAACGGCAUCGGGACUCGAACUGGCAUUGUGGACGUCAACAUCACAGAAUUCCCUAACAACCCGCCAACCAGGCUCCCUGACGUCACGCCGAGCCAGUACAAUGCAGGCGCCGCCAUCGGGGGCGCUGUGGGGGGAGUCGCCCUGUUGGGGGUGGCGGCCACACUGCUCUCCGUAUACCUGCGCCACCGCCAGCGCACCUUCAAAGGAGACUACAGCACCAAGAAACACGUGUUCGGUAACGGGUACAGUAAGGCCGGCGGUCUGCCCGCACACCCUCCGAUCCCCACGAACCUCCUGUACCCGGACGACUCAGACGACGAGAAGAAACCCGCCCAGAUCAGCGGCCCCGCUGGGUUUGAGGCGAGCGUGCCCGAUUUUGACCCAGAGCAAGAGGACCUGAAGAGGCCCUAUUUCACUGUGGAUGAAGGGGAGAGCCGAGAUUAUGAUGAGCGGACUCUGAAUUUCCAGUAUGAUCGUGAACCUGAGAUAGCCGAUGAUAUGAUCUCACAAACCGACGGCUCUGUCAUUUCUAAGAAAGAGUGGUAUGUUUAGUGGCAUGCUACAACCAAACCCUUUGGUCCCCCUCACCUGCAUUCCACUGCACCCUUCACCUCCAUCACCACCCCACCCUCCCAUUCGUCAAGCUGCCCCCAACACAGCCCACUAUCCUCAACCUAGUAACCCCCCCUCCCCCCCCCCC